AUUAGAGAGCAUCGCAAAAAGCUGAGCUCCAAAGUCGCCGAAAAAUCAGGUGACCAAUUAUUCCAACCUCACUCCCUCUCGCUUCAUCACUUUCCCUCGCCUCACUCGACCCAAAGAGCAGAUUGCGCCAAAAGCAAUCCAGCCAAGCAUCUCGCAAAAGACGAGAUUGCAAAGUCGCCGAAAAAUCAGGUGACCAUUUCUCCCACCUUCUCGCUUCCUCACGCUCCCUCUCCUCACUCGAACCAAGAGUUCAUUGCCAUAAGAGCAAUCUAGCAAACGGCCUCAGAAAAAGCCGAGCUACCAAAGUCGCCGAAAUCAGGUGACUAGUCUUCCCAUUUUCUCAUCUCUUCAAAAACACACCUUUUUUACGUUUACAUCACCACCUUCGAAAUGCCUGCAAAGAAGGCUGCUACCACCGCCAAGGCGGCUGCUACCAAGACCACCGGCAAGAAGGCUGCUGCAAAGAGCGCCACCAAAGCCGCGCCCACGAAGGCUCAAGCGAAACCGGCGACCAAGAAGGCGACCGGCAAAACCACUACCGCUAAAGCUGCCGCACCCAAGAAAGCUACUACAGCUCGAGGCACCAAGCGCAAGGCGACUGAAGAACCCGCGUCGCGUCCCGCCAAGAGGUCCAACUCGAUCAAGUCUGACGAGUCCAGUGGAACCAAAACAUCUCAAAAUGGAAGGAAGCGCAAAGCUACCGAGGAGUCCGAAACCGAAAGGCCUGGCAAGAAACAGAGGACCCCACCGGCGCCGCGCAAAGAACGCGUUACCAAGAAGGCUCGCGUCGCGCCUCACGUCCCGAUCAACAAAGCGCCCACUCAAAAACUUCACGUCUUUGUUUUUGGCGAGGGCAGCUCAGGCGAGCUCGGCCUCGGUACCGCGAAAAACUGUGUGGACGUGAAGCGACCUCGCUUGAACCCGCACCUUCCCGCCGCUACUGUUGGCGUAGUGCAUGUCGCUUGUGGAGGCAUGCACGUUGCUGCCCUUACCCACGACAACCGCAUUUUGACUUGGGGUGUCAAUGAUCAAGGCGCCUUGGGCCGAGACACCGCUUGGGAAGGCGGCCUCAAGGACAUUGACGACAACAAGUCGGACGCGAGCUCAAGCGAUGAAAGCGACUCUGGAAUGAACCCUCGCGAAGCCACCCCCACGGCGAUCCCCGACACCGCGUUCCCCGAAGGCACCAAAUUUGUUCAACUGGCCUGCGGCGACAGCACCACUUUUGCACUCACUGAUGAUGGUUUGGUUUACGGAUGGGGCACCUUUAGAAGCAAUGAAGGCAUUCUUGGCUUCACCCCAGACAUUUAUGUCCAACGGGUGCCGAUGCUGAUUCCCGGCCUCAAGAAGAUUACUCAAAUCGCAGCCGGAGCGAAUCACGUGCUCGCACUCAACGAAAAGGGCGCCGUUUUCGCUUGGGGCAGUGGGCAGCAAAAUCAACUUGGCCGUCGCGUCGUGGAGCGAACUCGGAUGAACGGCCUCACCCCUCGCGAAUUCGGCCUACCAAAGAACAAGGUCAAGUACGUGAGCUGCGGCGCGUACCACUCCUUCGCCAUCGACAAGGAGGGGAAGGUGUGGACUUGGGGUCUCAACAGCUUUGGGGAGACCGGGGUUGAGGAAGGUGCCGGGGAGAACGGCGCGGUGGUGCUGGCACCCCGCGUCGUGGAGUCUCUCCUCGGCACCGAGGUGGAGUUGGUCUCGGGCGGUGCCCACCACUCCAUUGCCGUCACCAAGGAGGGUGACUGCCUCGCCUGGGGCAGGCUCGACGGAUACCAAACUGGUAUCCGGAUCGAGGACCUGCCCCAGGAGGCAGUCAUCCUGGAUGAGAGGCAGAAGCCUCGCAUCCUGACGCGGCCCACACGCGUGCCGGGCUUUCAGGCCCGGCAGGCGUGUGCCAGCAGCGAUCACUCGAUCGCUGUAUCGGUAGAGGGCAGAGCCUACUCUUGGGGGUUCUCUGCCAACUACCAGACGGGGCAGGGCACCGACGACGACGUCGAGGUGGCCACCCUCAUCGACAAUACGGCGGUGAGGGACAAGAGGCUCAACUGGGCCGGGGCAGGUGGUCAGUACUCUGUACUGACCGCUCCGGCCGAGGAGGCCGCUCCCACUACCAAUGGCAUUUAGAUGCCAUUGGUUAGUGGGGCGCGAGCGCGCCUCCUCCCUCUUGUAGGGAGCCUCGUCGUCGCCGUCACUGGCGACUCUGCCCCUCUGGUAGGCUCUACCGAUACAGCACCAAAGAUUGAGUGAUUGCUCGCUGGGGGCGACGGCAAUGGAAGUGGUUGGCAUCGUCUGAGAUAUGGUGUUGUUUUUUUUCUU